GCUGUGGAUGGGUGUGAGUAAGCAAGUUCCCAGCUGUGCUCUGUCUGUGUGACAAAACAGCAGUGUCUAGAGGAUUCUUACACUGGGACCCUGCUACUGAUCAACCACCGUCUUCCCAGAUAUAUAUACAGAGAGUGAGAGAGAAAGAAAGAAAGAAAGAAAGAAAGAAAGAAAGGGAAAAAUCUUGUGUCAUUCCAGCAAACCUGCACAGUUCUGCUCCACUCUCUGUGGUCCAGGAUAGAAGAAAGGGAAGAUACAGCACAGCCUGGCUAUCCAUCCAGGGAUUCUCUUGUGCUUGUGUCUGGCGUGUGAUGUUUGGAUGGUUUAAGUUACUGAGGAGAGCCUGAGAGUUGUGGCUGUUGUUGUGGCAUCAUGUUGAGGUGUGUGCUUCAGAGGGCAACAAACCUAGAGAGAGGGGACAGGCACAGCGACCCCCUGGCUAGCAUCACUUUCAGAGGGACGAAGAAGAAGACCAAAGUUGUCAAAAACAAUGUUAACCCAGUAUGGAAUGAGGGCUUUGAGUGGGACCUGAAAGGAGUGCCAUUAGACUCUGGUGCACAGAUCCAUGUGGUGGUCAAAGACCAUGAGAAAAUGGGCAGGAACAGGUUCCUGGGCGAAUGCCGAGUCUCUCUUCGAGAUGUCCUCAACUCCCCCAACCUGGCAGCAACCUUCACCGUGUCCUUAGUAGACACCAAAAAGAACAACACAGGGGCUACAGUGACCCUGCAGGUCUCCUACAUUCCUCCUCCUGGAAUGGCCCCGAUCUUUCAGCCUCCUCCCCAACCAGAGGCCGUGCACACGCCCGUAGAACUGGACACUGUGACAGUCUUCUCGUUGGACACCAUGGGCGAGGAUGACACGGAGAGCAUGCUGAUGAUGGAGACGGUGGAGGAGCCGGAGCCCAUGCCAGGCACCCCGGGGCCCCAGGAGCCAGGAGUGCCCACCGCCCCGCCCAAAAAAGCCCCCCCAAACUUCAACCCCAGUCUGAAGAAGAAGAAGCGCCAUAGCACGAGCAAAGCACCCCUAUCAAAUAAACCCCAGGACCUGCAGGUACGGGUACGAAUUAUUGAGGGUCGACAGCUGCCAGGUGUCAACAUCAAACCUGUUGUGAAGGUCACUGUUGGUGGACAGACAAAGAGGACUCGUAUACGGAAAGGCAACAACCCGUUCUUUGAUGAGACGUUCUUCUUGAACUUCUAUGAAACACCAUCAGACCUGUUUGAUGAACCUAUAUUCAUCACAGUGCUGGACUCCAAGUCUUUGCGGACAGAUUCUGUGGUUGGUGAAUUCAAGAUGGAUGUGGGCAUGGUGUAUCACGAACACAGACAUGCAUUCCUCAGGAAGUGGCUGCUGCUCUCUGACCCCGAUGACCUCUCGGCAGGUGCCAGGGGUUACCUGAAAGUCAGUCUGUUUGUGCUGGCUGCUGGCGAUGAACCACCAAUGGAUAGAAAAGAGGGUGUUGAGGAGAAGGAGGACAUUGAGGGGAAUCUGCUGCGCCCUGCGGGGCUCACCCUUAGAGGAGCCAUUUUCACACUCCGAGUGUUCAGAGCAGAAGAUCUCCCGCAGAUGGAUGAUGCCUUCAUGGAUGGCAUGAAACAGAUUCUAGGAUUUGAUUCUAACAGGAAAAACCUGGUUGAUCCUCUUGUGGAGGUCAACUUUGCUGGGAAAACGAUCUGCAGUAAGAUCCUGGAGAAGAACGCCAAUCCACAGUGGAAUCAGAGCUUGACUCUCCCUGUUCGGUUUCCUUCUAUGUGUGAGAAGAUGAGGAUCCGUGUUUUAGACUGGGAUCGAGCUAGUCACAACGACGUGAUUGGAACAUUAAACCUGUGCAUGUCUAAGAUCUCAGCCCCGGGAGGAGAGAUAGAAGAUGAUAUGUCUACAAGGACUCUCCCGCACAUCAUGGACGACAGUGUGGGUUUCCUGCCAACGUUUGGACCCUGUUAUGUCAACAUGUACGGGAGUCUUCGUGAGUUCAGUGUCCUCACUGACCCCAAUGAGGUCCUCAACCUGGGCAAGGGUGAAGGAGUGGCGUACCGUGGCCGUGUGCUAGUGGAGCUCAGCACCAAGCUGGUGGACCGGGGGGAGCAUCGGGUGGAGGACAUCCCCUUUGAUGAUCUUCUGGUGGUGGAGAAGUUCAUGCGGAAGAGGAAGUACUCCCUCUUCGCAUCGUUCUAUUCCGCCACUCUCCUGCAGGAUGUGGAUGACGCUAUUCAGUUCGAGGUCAGCAUUGGUAACUACGGCAACAAGUUUGACCACACCUGCCUUCCUUUGGCCUCUACCACCGGGUUCAGCAGGGCUGUGUUCGACGGCUGUCAUUACUACUAUUUGCCGUGGGGAAACGUGAAGCCUGUGGUGGUCCUGUCCUCAGAGUGGGAGGACAUCAGCCCACGCAUUGAGGCUCUUAACAUGCUGCUUAGUACUGCUGAACGUGUGGAGUCCAACCUGCAGCAGGUGCAGCUGGAGCUGAAAGCAGGAAAUGAUCUGGAGGACGUGGAAGCAAAGCUGGUCCAACUCCUGGACGAUGUCAUUGCAGAUUGCAGUGAGGAGCUGCCGGAGAUCGAUGACUGGCCGUGUGUGACCGCACUGGACAGAUCCCUGAGAAACCUGCGCAAGGUGAACCUGCAGCAGAUCGUGGAGGCGGCGCUGUCACUCAAACACGGAGCGGCCACGGACGUGAGCAUGGUACUGGACCUAGCUGAGGACUGGGCCCUGAGAUUGCGCAGUUUGGCAGAAGAGCCCCAAAACAGCCUGCCAGACAUCGUGAUCUGGAUGCUCCAGGGGGACCGGCGGGUGGCGUACCACCGCAUCCCUGCCCACCAGGUGCUCUUCUCCCAGGGCUACUGUGGGAAACACUGUGGCCAGCUCCAGACCGUCCUCAUGAAGUACCCACAGGACGUAGAGGGCGGUGCUAAGAUCCCGGCGCAGCUUCGAGUGAAGGUUUGGUUUGGUUUGGCGGCAGACGUGAAAAACUUCAACCAGUUCGCCGAAGGGAAACUGUCGGUGUUUGCCGAGACGUAUGAGAACCAGACCAAGCUGGCGCUGGUGGGGAACUGGUGCACCACAGGGCUCUCCUACCCAAAGUUCAGCGACGUGACCGGCAGAGUCAAGCUCCCAAAGGAGACCUUCAAACCCUCACCAGGCUGGAACUGGGGUGGAGACUGGUUCAUCAGCCCAGAGAAAACGUUGCUGUAUGACACUGACGCAGGACACAUGAGUUUUGUGGAAGAGGUUUUUGAGAACCAGAUGCGGUUGCCAGGGGGACAGUGGAUUGGAAUGCCAGAAGGAUUCACUGAUGUGAAUGGGGAGAAGGCCAUUCCUAAAGAGGAGAUCGAGUGUCCGCCAGGUUGGGUGUGGGAGGACGUGGAGUGGAGUGAGGACCUGAACCGUGCUGUGGACGACCAAGGGUGGGAGUACGGCAUCACCAUUCCCCCCGACCGCCGGCCCAAGGCUUGGGUCCCAGCGGAGAAGAUGUACCACACCAACCGCAGGAGGCGCUGGGUCCGCCUGAGGAGGAGGGAUCUGCAGAAGAUGGAGGCCCUGAGAAAGCAGCGUCCAGAUGAGUCAGACCUGGAGGGCUGGGAGUACGCGUCUCUGUUUGGCUGGAAGUUCCACCUAAAGCCGCGCAAGACCGACUCGUUCCGCCGCCGCCGCUGGCGCCGCCGCAUGGAGCCGCUGGAGAAGACGGGGCCGGCGGCCAUCUUUGCCCUCGAGGGCUCACUGGGGAGCGUGACAGAAGAUAGAAACGAUGACAAGUCUGUUACUACAACCUUUGGUGUCAACCGUCCGACCAUAUCUUGCUUUUUUGACAGUGGAGCUCGCUAUCACCUUCGCUGUUACCUGUAUCAGGCAAGAGAUCUGAUCGCCAUGGAUAAGGACAGCUUCUCAGAUCCCUAUGCGAUUGUGUCCUUCUUGCAUCAAAGCCAAAAGACCGUAACGGUGAAGAACACACUCAAUCCUACCUGGGACCAGACGCUCAUCUUCUACGAGGUGGAGAUCUUUGGAGACUGUGACAUCACUGACAAGAACCCCCCCAACAUUGUGGUCGAGCUGUAUGACCAGGACACCUAUGGGGCAGAUGAGUUUAUGGGCCGCUGCGUGUGCCAGCCCUCCAUGGUGGCCUCUCCUCCUCGUCUGGCCUGGUUCCCCGUCCAGAGGAGCGGAAAGCCGGCUGGAGAGCUGCUCGCUGCCUUCGAGCUCAUCCGCAGGGAGAAGGCCUCAAUUCAUCACAUCCCUGGUCAGGAGGGUGACAUAAUGCCUCCUGCUCAUAUCAUGGACGAGCUUAUUCUCCCAGGAUUCCUCUCUGAAAACCAGCAGCAAUGGCCAGAGGAGUCUGACCUGCCCUACCCACCCCCUCAGAGAGAGCCCAAUGUGUUCAUGGUUCCACAGGGCAUCCGGCCGGUUCUCCAGCGCACUGCAAUAGAGAUCUUGGCAUGGGGAUUGCGUAACCUGAAGAGUUUUCAGAUGGCCAGCGUGACCUCCCCGAGUCUGCAGGUGGAGUGCGGUGGCCGCGUGGUGCAGUCCUGUGUCAUCCGCAACACCAAGAAGAACCCCAACUUCGAUGUCAACACGCUCUUCAUCGAUGUGCGGCUGCCACAAGAGGAGCUGUACAUGCCGCCUUUGGUCAUCAAAGUGAUCGACAACAGGCAGUUUGGCAGGAAGCCGGUGGUGGGCCAGUGCACCAUCCGCUACCUGGAGGAGUUCCGCUGCCAGGAAGAGGACCUGGAGAGAGACCCCACAGAGGAUGACAUAGGAGCGAUGGCACCAACCCCCCGGGAUGACAUCCUGAUUGACAUUGACGACAAAGAGCCACUCAUACCUGGACAGCUAGCAGAUGGAACCAGUUCUGCCAUUAUUAACAUCUCUUCCUCUCGGUCCAGUCUACAUAUGAUACAGUGGGAGGAUGAGUUCAUGGACUGGUGGAGCAAGUUCUACGCCUCGACGGGAGAGAGGAACAAGUGUGGGACCUACCUGGAGAAAGGCCUCGACACACUGCAGAUCUAUGACAGAGAGCUGGAGAGAGUGGAUGGUUUCGAGAAGCUGGCAGACUUCUGCCAGACCUUCAAGCUGUAUCGUGGUCGAACUCAGGACGAGAGCGAGGAUCCAUCUGUUGUGGGAGAAUUUAAAGGCAUGUUUAAGAUCUACCCACUGCCUGAUGACCCGUCCACCCCCAUGCCCCCACGCCAGUUCAGCCUUCUGCCCCCUAAUGGCACCGCCGAGUGCCUGGUGCGAGUUUACAUCAUCCAGGCCAGUGGCCUACAGCCUAAAGACACCAAUGGCAAGUGUGACCCCUAUGUGAAGAUAACGAUGGGGAAGAAGACCAUCAGUGACCAGGACCACUACAUCCCCUGCACUCUGGACCCUGUGUUUGGAAGGAUGUUCGAGCUCAGCUGCACGCUCCCUCUGGAGAAGGACCUCAAGAUCGUGCUGUAUGACUACGACAUGCUGACGAAGGAUGAAAAGAUCGGCGAGACCGUCAUUGACCUUGAGAACCGGUUCUUGUCACGCUACGGAGGCCGGUGCGGUCUCCAGCAGUCUUACUGCGUGUCAGGUGUGAACCAAUGGCGUGACCAGCUCAAGCCCACCCUGCUCCUGCAGCGGCUCUGCGAGAGGAGGAGCUACCGGCCACCGGUCUACAAGCCCGACAGCGUCCACUUUAGGGGUCUGGAGUACACGGCCGCCGACCUGGGGGACUCCAGAUACGCAGGCGAGGCCCUGACGCCAAACCCUCACUUGGGCCCUCUGCAGGAGCGUCUGGCCCUCCUCAUUCUUCGCCGGCAGGGGCUGGUGCCCGAGCACGUGGAGACUCGUCGCCUCUACAGUCCCUUGCAACCGGACAUCGAGCAGGGGAGGUUGCAGAUGUGGGUUGACAUAUUUCCCAAGUCCUUUGGGCCGCCAGGACCUCCCUUCAACAUCACACCUCGCAAGGCCAAGAAGUUCUUCCUUCGCUGUGUCAUAUGGAACACCAGUGAUGUCAUCCUUGAUGACGUCAGCCUUAGUGGGGAGAAGAUGAGCGACAUCUAUGUAAAGGGCUGGUUGCAUGGACACGAGGGGAACAAGCAGAAGACUGACGUGCACUACCGCUCCUUGGGCGGCGAGGGCAACUUCAACUGGAGGUUCCUCUUCCCGUUCCACUACCUGCCCGCAGAACAGCUCUGCGUUGUGGACAGGAAGGAACACUUCUGGAGUUUGGACAAGGCCGAGGCCAAGCUUCCCCCCAAGAUCACCAUCCAGAUUUGGGACAAUGACAAGUUCUCCUUCGACGACUAUCUUGGUUGUUUAGACAUGGAUCUGAAUCACAUGCUGCGGCCUGCUAAGUCUGCUGAGAAGUGCACUCUAGAUCUGCUGCACCAGGUCCCAGAGAAGCUCGUCUCCCUCUUCGAGCAGAAGACCGUGAAGGGCUGGUGGCCUUGUGUGUGUGACAGCAACGGGGAGAAAGUCCUUGCCGGAAAAGUGGAGAUGUCGCUGGAGAUUGUGUCGGAGCAUGAGCAGGAGGAGAGGCCUGCUGGGCAGGGCAGGGACGAGCCCAACAUGAACCCCCACCUGGAGGACCCCCAGCGUCCGGAUACUUCGUUCCUGUGGUUCUCCUCUCCGUACAAGACCAUGAAGUACAUCAUAUGGAGGCGGUUCAAGUGGCUCAUUCUUCUCUUUGUCAUUCUCUUCUUCAUCCUUCUCUUCGCUGGAGUCUUCCUCUAUUCCUUCCCGAACUAUGCGGCUAUGAAGCUGGUGUCCCCCUUUGGAGGAGGGCCGAAGGGGACUCAGUGAUGAGCUAUGUGCAGGGCUGGGGGGCAGUUUGGGGCAGUUGGGGGGUGUAGAUGCACUACUGAUCAUGGGUGGGACAAGAAAUAAUGUGGCUCUGUGGAUCGUGACACUGUAUAUCAAGAUCCAUUCACUGGCACCAAAUAACAGUAUUUUCAAUUUCCUGACUGUUACCAUUUUCACUAUGCAAUGACUUUUGUUUAUUUAAAUUACACCAUUUACCAUUUCCAGACACGCACCUUUGCCAGGAAGAAAUCUUGAACUAAUCCCAGUUUUAUUUAUGAAUCAUUUGUGGUAUAAUACCAUCAUGCAACUUAGCCAACUGUCUCAGAAAAUGUAGCAUAUCGCAGAAUUAGCUGCACUGUCAUACCAUUAUUAGCCUUAAAACAUAACAAUAUAGACCUCUGUUCGCCUACAAAAAGGAACCAAAGCUGCCCAUAUUGGGAGAUCCGGGUGUUAAUUGAAGCUAACUACCUAUGGCAAGUUGCAUUGCAAGUUAGCAAUAAUCAAAGUGUGCCGUCUUAACUUACCAAAGAUCACAGUAUCCACUAGAAGGCAGAGGACAAAAGUGUGUAGAGCAAAACAUCUGCAUUUCCGAUUUCUUCGUCCCCACGAGAGUUUAACAGGUGUGAUAAUUCAAAAUCCCCAUGUUAGGAAAAAUCUCAAGAUAUCGGAUCUCCUUAUAUGGGUAAAGAUGGUAGCUUUUUGUAGGCAAACUUCAGAGGUCUAUUGGAUUGGGAGCUUCUUUCUGAUUUCCAUCCCUACUACUGAGCUCUCUCCUCUUACUGCAGUCUUGUCUAUAUGCCGCAAAACAUUCAGACUUCUCACUCUGGGUCUCAUGGUAUGUCUGAGUCAACUUUUACGCAAUGAUACCUCUUACAGUAUGUUGUCUGUGCCUUGCGUAUUUUUGUUUUCUUUAUCAUGCCAUUUAAAGUGUGUAUCAUCAUGCCUCUUGUACACACCAUAAUGUUGACAUGGGUCAUCUAAGAGUCUGUCUGUUGCAGUAGUUGUGUAGGUGAGAAGGUGUAUUUACAUAUUAUGGUUACACACUGAAUGUGAUGUGAGAGUGAGGAUCACAGAGUUGCAGCAGUAGCUGUGUGAAUAUCAUGUCCAUGUGUCAGAGAGGUUAAAAGUGUGUGUAUGUGUGUGUGUGUGUGUUUGUGUAUGUGUGUGUGUCAGAGAGGUUAAAAGUGUGUGUGUGUGUGUGUGUGUGUGUGUGUGUGUGUGUGUGUGUGUGUGUCUCCAGCGUGCUUCUGCCCUUUGGGCGACCGGGCCGUGAACCCUCUUCUGUAUUCCCUUUGAUUCUCCGUAACACUUUAAUCUCUCUUUCUGUUUAAUCCUUUUUUCAUGUCGCUAGUAAAACUCUGCCCUUUUUUCACAGCCAGGCGCUCCUUUCUUCUUCCUUCACGCAGAGAGUGGAAGAUAGAUCUGCCUCGUGCCUCCUCCACCUCCUCCUCCUCCUCCUCCUCCUCCUCCUCCUCCUUCUCUCUCGCUCACCCGCCUGCCCUCCUUCUCCCACUACCCCCUUUCAACACCCCCUCAUUCUCUAGGUUAAAUCCCGGAUUUGUUCGCCGUGCUUGUAAGGUCUGGGGCCGGCUGGUUAUUAACUGGGGGCCCCCGCUGUCAGGCGCUGAUACAGAGAUAACCAUCAGAUGUGUUGUUUUGGUUUGAAGAAAUUCACCGUGAAAUGUGCCGGGUGGGGGGGGGGGGUGGGGGGGGUCAACAGGGGGACUUCGCCGCCGUCUGUGCGCGCCUAUGUGAGAACGCGGUGUAACCCCCCCCAUACACGUUUUGCACGUUCGCGCUCGAGUGCGAAAACAGUCAGGAGAAGAAAAAAAGAGACGUCUUCUUAGCCUUUGUUCCAAUCAGGCCCGAAAGGUGUACCGCCAUGCCACCGCGCGCUUCUCUUUGAACAGGUGUGCCGCCAGGGUCGCCGCCGUGUUAUGGCCGAGGUCAAGCUGAGGUGGCUGAAUGCCACAGAAAAUGAUUACAUGAAUCUGACCUUUCGGUCACGCCCGCUCGCUCGCUCGGGCUUAUUUAGCUACCGUAGGGGGAGUUCACAGCGCUGUCUGUCGGAACAGGAAAGGUCAGAUGACUCCGGGUAAUCUGCCGCAAGCCCCGUGGAUUUCCUGGAGUACGCGCGUUUGGUCGGCUAAAAAUGAGGAGACAGGAGAGGUGGAGGACUUUGAUCUUUAUAUAGCCCCUACAGAGCUGGGUGGGUAAGGGUUACGGAGAGGGCUUUGGGAACGAGGAAAAGGGUGAGGCAGAAAGAGAGAGAGAGAGAGAGAGAGAGAGAGAGAGAGAGAGAGAGAGAGAGAGAGAGAGAGAUAGAGAGAGAGAAGGAAGAAGAAGAGAAAGAACCAUGUUCGCUCAAAAUGAUUGAAAAGGAGGACUUGGUUUACGUACAGUACCUCACUUGCUUGUAUUGUGUACCUGGCGGAGAGAGAAUGUUUUGUUCUGAGUGAUUUAUUUUUUCUAGAGUUUGUGCACACUGUGCCAUCGAAGUGCUCUGACCCAGUGAUAGUUGGUUUAGCCCAGAGCAUCGCUGAAGAAAGACAUGUACAGUACAAAACAAGACUUGAAUGUUGUGCCUGACGAUCGCCCUCAGAUCUCCCCCUUCAGGUGAAAUAAAGGCCUCCUUUGCCUUUCGUGAUUCUGAAACACACUGAAGUCAUCUGCAUUCAGUUGCUUCUCCACUCAGUGUGAUUGCCAUACAUACAACUCAUUGUCGUAUUCUUGACAAUCCUACUGGCCUAUUACUGUUUUUGUAUUAUUUAAAAUAUUGCUAUUGCAAACAUUCUGCAUUGUUUUUAAAAUCAUCACCAAAGAAUUAUAGCACCUUUUGGCUGUGCUUUGUGCCUUGUAUUUUAUGCAUCACAAUUAUGUGCAUCUAAGUAUGAACUAUGUGUACAAUGUGUUUAUAUUCUAAUUAAAAUGCACUCCAAAAUA